ACCUGCUGCCACCCCUGUGUUUUUAAAAGCUGAUACAAAGAAGUAAAGAUGUUUGCUGGCUGGUCAGAGUAAAAGGAAAAUAGUAACGGAGCUCACCAGUAACAACUGUUCUGAGUCUCCUUCCCCUUUGCUUUAUGCAGGUGAAGCCUCUGGGAAAGCCCUGUCACGGAGGAGCCCCAGGGCCCCCUGGCCGUCAGCCAUGGCUGUACCUAUCGCGGUUCUUGACUGCGACCUCUUGCUCUAUGGCCGUGGACACAGGACUUUGGAUCGCUUCAAGCUGGAGGAUGUCACAGACGAAUAUCUAGUAUCCACGUACGGCUUUCCCCGACAAUUCAUUUACUACCUGGUGGAUCUUCUGGGUGCCACUCUCUCACGCCCUACGCAGCGGUCCAGGGCCAUCAGUCCGGAGACACAAAUACUUGCUGCUUUGGGUUUCUAUACCUCUGGCUCCUUCCAGACUCGCAUGGGGGAUGCAAUUGGCAUUAGUCAAGCCUCCAUGAGCCGUUGUGUUGCCAAUGUAACUGAGGCAUUGGUGGAAAGAGCCUCACAGUUUAUUCACUUUCCUGAGGAUGAAGCUACUGUGCAGAGCCUAAAGGACAACUUUUAUGGGCUGGCAGGCAUGCCAGGAGUGCUUGGGGUGGUUGACUGCACCCAUGUGGCAAUCAAAGCACCAAAUGCUGAGGACCUGUCCUAUGUGAACCGAAAGGGUCUCCAUUCCCUGAACUGCCUGAUGGUGUGUGAUGCCAGAGGAGUCCUCCUCAGUGCAGAAACGCACUGGCCAGGCAGCCUGCCCGACUGCACAGUGUUAGAGCAGGCAGCCCUUACAAGCCAGUUUGAAACUGAGCUACGUAAAGAUGGCUGGUUACUUGGUGACAGCUCCUUCUUACUGCGGACGUGGUUGAUGACCCCUCUGCAUAUCCCCGAGACCCCUGCGGAAUACCGGUACAACAUGGCCCAUUCUGCCACUCACAACAUCAUCGAGCGGACGUUCAGAACCAUCCGGUCGCGUUUCCGCUGCCUGGAUGGGUCCAAAGGCACCCUGCAGUAUUCUCCAGAGAAAUCCAGCCACAUCAUUCUGGCCUGCUGUGUGCUUCACAACAUCUCCCUGGAACACGGGCUGGACGUGUGGUCCUCGCCAGCCACAGGACACAUGGAACAACCGGAAGAAGAGUAUGAGCAAAUGGAAUCAGUGGACUCGGAAGCUUGUCGUAUUCGUCAGGAACUUUUACUUACUCAUUUUAGCUAAUGUUGUGACAGAGAAAAGGCUUCUAACAGUUCAUCUGGGAAGUUAUCCAGAGCAGAUAUGCCCCUUUGUCUUCUUUAAGUCAGUAAAGACCAAGCAGAUGUGAGACAAGGAGAAAUUUUACACUCUUCAUUUCAGGCGAAUUUCUGAACUUCUCUCAGUUUCGUCAGAGAUGCAAUUUAAUUGUUAAAGUUUUACUGUUGUGAUACUUAGAGGCUCCCCUUUUACCUGACUUAGAGAACAAUGACUAACGUGACAUCAGUGAAGAAAUUUGGGAAGUUGCCUUUGAUAAUGAUGAAAAAUAUGUAAACCUUGCACUUUUUUACAAAGCAACAAUUCUAUGCUACUGUGUAACCCAAAACACUUAUGAUUGAUUUUUAAACAGCAUUUCACAC